AAUAGAUCAAAUUUAACCUUAAAUUUUGUUUUAAUCUGAUUUUAGAGUUUUUGGAUUAAAAUUUCACGAAAGAAAAUUGAAUUAAGUCAAUUGAUAAUUAGAGAAAUCGAAUCAAAAAUCGACGAAAUGCAAAACGAGAUCAAACUCCUCCUUGAUAGGGACCAUUGAAAAAAUUAAGUGCAGUUUCACAAUGGUGCAGUUUCUCAAUGGUGACUGUAUUCCAUCAAUCGGAAUUUUCUAUGUUAUAUUGCCAUUUAGCAUGCGGACUAAUCAAAUUUUCAAACCCUCAGAAUUCAGUCUCCUUAUUCCUCUGCACGCUCGCUCAGACUACGCCGCUUCACGGCUGACCUAGUAUGAACAUUGUAACAACUUAAUCAUAACGAAUUUCAAAGUUGAUUUCGCUUAAUCAGAUUAAAUGUGACUUUAAACUUGUUAACUAAAUAACAAAUAAACUCGAAACAAUAUUAAUACACCGUGUCCCAAAAGUCGUUUAACUUUUGAAUUUGCUAUUGUGGCGCCAUCUGUUGUUUUUUUGCAACCAAAUUUUUUUAACUUCCUUUUCCGGUCGGGGGAUUCAUAAAAAACGCAUUUUCAGACCUUCAAAAAAUUAUUGGCAAAAAUGUCUUGGACACCGGAGGAACGUUUUUUCAUGGUAAAAUUUUAUUUUUUAUGUGGUGAAAGUGCUUCUGCAGCGCAGAAAAGGUUCGGCACGCACUUUAAAAUCAAAAAAAAGGAAAAUUUACCAACUAUUCAAACGAUCUCAAGCUGGGUAAAUGCGUUGGAAACAAAGUUUUCUUUACUUGAUGCUAACGAAGAUCGAACCGGGAGACCAAAAACAGCAAGGUCUUCAGAAAACAUCAAUGUUGUUGAAGACAUGGUGACAGAUGAUCCAAACAUUUCGAUGAGAGAGCUUGCCGCCAGCACCAGUAUGUCGAAAUCUACUGUGCAUAGGAUAGUACGAUUGGAUCUGGGUCUGUUCCCAUACAAAAUUCAGGUGCAUCAACCAUUAACAGACAGUUCAAUAGUGAGACGGUUCAAUUUUGCAAACGAGAUGCUGACCAUGAUUGAGGAUGGAACAAUUGAUAUCAACAAGAUAAUUUUCACUGAUGAGUGUCAUUUUCAUUUGCAAGGAUACGUCAAUAAGCAGAAUUGGCGCCACUGGGGCUCAGAAAAGCCAGAUUUUUCAAGAAUUAAGCCCCUUCACCCACAACGUGUGACAGUUUUUGCUGGAAUUCAUGCAGGUGGAAUCAUAGGACCCUACUGCUUUCCAGAGAGUGUAACUGGAGAAAAAUAUCAUUCUUUAUUGGUAAACAAGGUGUUACCGGCUAUGUAUGACAAAGAAAUCGUCUCCGGGUACUGGUGGAUGCAGGAUGGAGCUCCCCCACAUCGAGUUCAAUCAGUAAUAGACCUUCUAGACCAGAAUUUUUACGGCAGAGUAAUCGCUCUCGGGUAUCCAGAAAGGUAUGGAAGAGGUAUGGCAUGGCCGCCGUACUCCCCAGACCUCAAUCCUAUGGAUUUCUUCGCUUGGGGCUAUACCAAGGAUAAAGUCUAUAGGAGUGAAAAACACUCACUCGAUAGCCUUCAUACUGCGAUAAAAAAUGUUUUCUCACAGAUCUCAACCGAAACGUGCGCCAAAGUAAUCGAAAAUUUUGAAAAACGACUAAGACAUGUUGUCGCAUCUGAAGGGAAAAAUUUCGAAAAUUUGAUUCAUUAAAUAAGAAACGAUUGCGUUUCAUUUUCUUAAAUCCCCUCUUUAAACAUUCAUUUUUAUGUAUGAACGGUCCCUGUAUCUGCAGUGGUUCAAAAGUUAUAGCAAAUUCAAAUGUUAAGUGACUUUUGGGACACCCAGUAUUUUCAUCUCAUCUGUUACAAUUGAUUAGUUAAUGAUAAUCAAAUAAAAUUUCUUCAAGUACUUCAACAAAUUCGCCCUGAAGUUAGAAAUUGAAUAAAAAAUGAAAAGAACAGUAACUAAUGAGAGGCAAAGAGUUCAGGGUUAAAGAUUGUACAUUCAAUUCUUUACAAGACUCAUGUUAGAUGGAACGAAGCA